ACAUGAAGUCUUACCCAGCUAUUUAUGGCCCUGCUGGUUCUUCUACAGGCUCUGGACCCCAUGAAACAGCUGUUUGUUGGAACGUUGGUUUUCAGAAGAGUUGUUCUGCUGAUUAUAUUUUUCUGCAUUUCAUUUGGGUAUAAUGGGUUAUGGAUGUGGUAUCCGGAGCUUUUUAAGAGAACCGAGGAUGGGUAUUCAAGCGCCAAUGUGUCUCGAGUCCAAAACUCAGAAAAUGAAAGCUGCGAUCUAGUUAAAACUGCAUUGUACAUGGAGGGUUUUAUAACAGCUGCUUCAAAUUUGCCAGGAAACAUCUUCACUAUCCUGUUCAUGGACAGAAUUGUUGGGAAAAUCCUGCUUUACGUCAGUUUGUUGGCGUCCAGCAUGAGCGUGUUCAUUAUCUAUGUAGUAAAGACCAAAGCUCAGAGUGUGAUCAUGUCUUGCGUGUUAAGCGGCGUCUAUGUCAUCUCCUGGAACGCUCUAGACGUGUUGGGAACUGAACUUUACCCCACACAACUACGCUCAUCAGCUCUGGGGGUUUUCACUGCAGUGGGUCGUGUGGCAGCCAUUAUGGGAAAUGUAGUGUUUGGGCAGCUGGUGGGCUCAAACUGUGCCAUACCUCCGCUUAUGUUAUCUACACUCCUGCUGGCAGGAGGACUGACAGCUCUAUUAUAG